GUGGAACAGUCCUGUAAUGAGCAGAUUUUAGAGAGAGAGAGGCAGAGAUAGAAAGAGAGAGAGAGAGGCCGAAAAACAAGAGAGGACAGAUGACUUGGUGGAAUUGGGAUAUUACCACAACAAUCCAGAUUUAGGCGAGCGCUGGGAUGGAGAGGACAAAGGGAAAAGAGGAGGAAUAAUUUGUUAUUUGCUGCUCCUGCAUCCUCACCUUCUUCAGGAGGGAGAGUCGUCUUUAGAUCACAGCCGAGCAGAGAGGAGGAGAAGGGAGGAAAAGGGAAGGAGAUAUUCACACUCCGUUAUGUCUGCCGAGGCGUGUGUGCAAGUGUGUUUGGAUGUGUGUGUCUGCUGAGCGUUAGCCUGGAUUGCUUGUUUCCAGGCCAUGCUAUAGAGAAAUAUCUUCAACUUCCCUGCUCCUCUGCUCUGUUUUUUUUUUUUUUUUUUUUAAAUGGCGUACCAGUGCAGCGGCAGCAUCCCUGUCCUGUAUCUGUGUGCCGGUGCGGCAGGGAUGUGGGGAUGCUCUAAUGUCUGAUUGAGCUGAGUUUGGUCGCUGCUGCCGCCGCCGCUCUGAGGGCCUGUGGGACUGCUGGAAAAGCCUAGACCUCGCUUGUCUGGAGCGCCCCGCUGCACGGCCGAGGCGACAGGCCUACGUGGAGCAGGAAGGUGGAGGAGGAAGUGGAGGAGGAGGAGGAUGAGAAGCACUCUGAGCCUGCAUGCCCAUGGGAAGCAGCAUGCACGGCCGCUGUGUUCGUCAUUCCAGACCCAUCGCUGAGGCUCGGAUUGCUUCUCUGUCGUAAGGCGAUGCUCUUCGGGCCGAGUCCUGCUGUUUCUAAAACGAGGAGCCGGUGUUUUGCAUCCUAAACUAAGAGGAGAGGGAGAGUCAAGGCCCUGCACCUCCAUGCUACCUGAUCCACACGAGGCCUCCUCCCUCCUUGCUCCUUCUGAGUGAACCGGGCCCUUGUUUUUUCUGUUUCUUGACGUUCUAAGGAUUUGCCUAAACCUGUUUCAUGCAUGUCCACUGGAGGCAGGUUUGACUUUGAUGACGGGGGGUCGUACUGCGGGGGGUGGGAGCAGGGUAAGGCCCAUGGCCGAGGGGUCUGCACGGGGCCCCAGGGUCAGGGCGAGUACGCCGGCGCCUGGAGCCACGGCUUCGAGGUCCUGGGCGUGUACACGUGGCCCAGCGGGAACAGCUACCAGGGCACCUGGGCGCAGGGAAAGCGGCAUGGCAUCGGCGUGGAGAGCAAGGGCCGCUGGGAGUACAGGGGGGAGUGGACGCAGGGGUUUAAAGGUCGCUACGGGCAGCUGGAGAGCACGGCCAGCGGCGCCCGGUACGAGGGGACGUGGAGCAACGGGCUGCAGGAUGGAUACGGCACUGAAACCUACUCUGAUGGAGGAACCUACCAAGGCCAGUGGCUGGGAGGGAUGCGUCAUGGUUACGGUGUACGGCAGAGCGUGCCGUACGGUAUGGCGGCUGUCAUCCUCUUCCCCCUGCGAACAUCCAUAAACUCCCUCCGCUCUGAGCACAGCCACGGCCCUCCGGCUGCGCUGGAGGACGGCGCUGCCACCACACCCACAGAUGGGGUGGUGGCGGGGCUGGCGGGAAGCCCGGUGGGCCGGGGCGGCUUUGCCCUGACGGCUCCAAGUGAGGCCGAACGCCAGAGGAAGCGAAAAGGACGCUUCCGGCAGUCCAUCCUGAGCGGCCUCAAGCUUCGGCGUUCCGAGUCCAAAAGCUCUCUGGCCAGUCAGCUCAGUAAGCAGAGCUCCUUCUGCAGCGAGGCCGGCAUGAGCACCGUCAGCUCCGCGGCGUCUGACAUCCACUCCAACGCCAGCGAGAGCGAACAGGGUGCCCCAGUGGACGCCACCGUCACCGAAAUGUACGCAGGAGAGUGGCGGAGCGACCAGAGGGCUGGCUGGGGCGUGAGUCGGCGUUCGGACGGCCUGCACUACGCUGGUGAAUGGGCGGCGAACAAGAGGCACGGAUAUGGAUGUACCACCUUCCCCGAUGGCACCAAGGAGGAAGGAAAGUACAAGCAGAACGUGUUGGUGAGCGGAAAACGCAAGAACCUGAUCCCACUGAGGGCCAGUAAGAUCAGAGAGAAGGUGGACCGGGCGGUGGAGGCUGCCGAGAAGGCCGCGGACAUCGCCAAGCAGAAAGCAGAGAUCGCAAUGUCAAGGAUGAGCCACGCUCGUGGGAAGGCCGAGGCGGCUGAAGGAGUGGCGCAGAAGGCCAUGGAGGAGUGUCGACUGGCCCGGAUAGCUGCCAAAGAGCUCUCGCCCUCCUUUCACAUCUAUGGCAAUGGGCUCGAAUGUCAGAGGCCCAAGCACCAGGACGCCAAGGACAAAGACCAUGAGGUCAUCUCCACAGGAACAGACAGUCCGGAGCUGUGCACUCCGGACACCACGCCGCCUGUGAUAACACCUGAUCUCAGCCCUGUGCUGAGCGUGCCCACCUCGCCCCCUCACAGCCCGCCCAAACACGCCCACCGCCCCAGAAAUGCUUGCUUCAUGCGCCAGAGCGCCGUGGACGAUCAGGGUGGGGCGGAGAUCCAGGUGCUGGUGGAGGGGCGGGGCAUGGAGCUGCCCAGGGGCGGCGCCAACAACUGGACUGAUGACAUGUAUCCGGAUCGAGGAGGCAGCAGCCGUUCCACCACGCCGUCCCUGCUGGAGGAGCAGGAGGGCCAGAUCAACGGCCACGAGCAAGCCCCUUUAUCCAACCACAAACCGCGGGAGAAAUCCCUGUCCAAUCACAAGUACCGGGAGCACGCUUCCUCCUACCGAGCGUGGGAGCACUCCUUAUCCAACCAAAAGCCCUCCAAGCAUGCCUCUUCCAAUCACAAGUCGAGGGAGUACUCGUCGUCCAAUCACAAAACAUGGGAUCAUUCUUCCACCAAUCACAAGGCCUGCGAGCAUGCCUCUUCCAACUACAAGCCACAGGUGCACAUUUUAUCCAAUCACAAGGCCUUGGAUCAUAACAUGUCCAAUCACAAGACUUCUGAGCAUGCUUCUUCCAAUCACAAGUCCCAAGAUUAUAUCUCCUCCAAUCACAAUGCAAAGGACCACGUCUCUUCCAGCUACAACCCCCGAGAGCAUGUCUACUCCAACCACCAUCCAAAGCAGCACAACCCCUCCAACCACAGGCUUAACGAGCAUGCUGUAAUCGACCAAAGGCUAGACGGCCUCACCGGGGGCUGGACUGCUGAAAGCACCCUUAGGUGGAGCCCGGCCCACUCGCGCCUCACGGAGCAGGACGAGGAAAGGAUGAAUGACUAUACGGUGGACAUGAGGCUCCAGUGUCCAGACUCGCAGACGUCUGGGGGGCUCGGCCAGGAGUCCCCGGCCCCCAAAAACAGCCGGCUGCGAUCCCGAGGCCUUCGGCCGGUCAGAGAGGGAUCCAUGGACUCUGUACAGAUGCUGGACAACCUGAAUGUGGGGGCAGAGUUGGAGGAGUGGCCGCUGCACAGGGACCUCACCCUCUCCCCUCCCCUAAAGUCUCAGCCCAUCACUCUGGAGCAGGAAGGAGAGCAUCUCACCCUCAAAUCAAACUCAGGCUCCAGCUCUAUUCUGGUGGUUAUGGUCAUUUUACUCAAUAUUGGAGUAGCCAUUCUUUUCAUUCACUUCUUUAUUUAAGCUUAUACAGGUAUGAAGAUCUACUAAGACUUAUUGAUAACUACGGUAUAUUAUAUUAUUACUUACUGAGACGGACAUUCUGCCUAUUCAACUGGAGCCCGCAGCCCGAGUGACGGACACAGCAGAGCCUUUCUAUUGUUGCUACUGGUCUUUCCACCUCUGUUCAAGCCCUUUUCAGUUUCUACAAAAGCACUGUUCCUUUUCACAUGCUUAUUUCUGAGCUUGCAAACCAUACAGGGGAAAAGGAAAAAGGCGGUUGAAGUAAGAGGAAGUAAAGAGUGCAGCUUUAAACUGGUUGUCCAUCACCGACAGGUCAAUGGACUGGAGAUGGCACAGGCAGUGUUGCCCAUUUUUCCACCAGUCUAGACGAGAAUAUAGCAACCCCCCCCCCCUUUGUUUCCUGGUUAUCAUGAGAAAAAAAACAUGCUAACCAAGAGAACGCACUCCAUUCCGACCGACACCUCCCCUUUUUUGCCUUCGAACCCUUUUCUCCUUCUCAGUCCGAUCCAGCAGUCUCUAUUCGCACUAUGCGUUACGUACAGAACUAUGCUGCAAGAGUAGAUCCAUUUUAAAGGGCUCCGUCAUUAUUCUUUUCUUUUUUCCAAACUACACGGACACACACAACCAUUGCAUGAGGCUGUGUGCAGUUUUAAAAAGUGCAUUUUCUAUCCCUUUAACAUCACUGUUCUGUCUUCAUUUGUGCGCACCCAAUCCUGUUUGUGUCACCGCGCCGACGCCACCAACACCACUCCACUUCCACGUUUUCCAACCAAAAUCGCAGAAUCUAAGAAAAAAAAAAAACAACACAAGAUAUCACGUUUGAAAUCAAAUGUCAGCGACCAAGUCUAAUCCUCGAGGAAUUUAUUAUAAGUGGGAAUUUUAUGUGGCACCACAAACACACACACACACACACACACACACACACACACACACACACACACACACACAAACCUUCGCACGCAAACUUUAAAAUAAAAAACAAACAAAAAAAACAACAUAAAACACAUUUAACUGCUGACAAACUGAGGAGGAUUCAGCCUUGCCCCUUUGUACAGCCUUGAGACUGUUAUGUUAUAACCACUAAUUCUACUAUAUAUGUGUAUGUGUCAUUAUUAUUCAAGUUUGUUACUUUUUUGCAGUUUGCAAGAACAGAGAGAAUGCUGAGUGCCUCGUAUUUAUUCAUUUACCGUCUUUAUUUAAAACCCCCCCGACGUAAAAACACCCCACGUGGGCAGGCUUAAGAGGAGACGAAUAACCUUCAAAAUUUAAAGAAAGGUGACCCUCCACCCUCUUUUCCCUCCUCCUCCCCCACUGCCUCACCCACCUCCAACACCCCCCACCCCUGAAAUGGCAUGCACUGUUUUGUCUCCCAGUCAAAAAGGGAAAAAUGGGGUUUCUAACGGUGUCAUUUCCAGACACGUUUGUUUUUUUUGUUUUUUUUUUUAAAUUUGUUUUGGGCCGGAUGAGAUUCUUUUCAGCAUGUUUGUUUAGCCUGCUCAAUCUGGUGUCAGUUUGUGAGUUUCUCCCUCUCGUCUCUCUUAUCCAGCAACACGAGGCUACGUGAGACGUGGAGAGCAGUGUAAAAUACAACGCUAGCUUUUAACUCUCAGUGGAUACCGACAUGUCCUGAGUUUAUGAAUGAUAUAAAAAGAAACUCUCUGCUACUGUAUGUUUUAUACUUCGCACCCAGUGGCAUCAUCAUGUUGUGACAUCAUUGCAUGCCCGAGCAUGCUCUUUCUUACUCUUUGGUUUAUGAGGUUGUUUCGAAGUUAAUGUGGAGAAAAUAAUGAAAUGUUUGAAAUUAA